AGCAUUGGCUCGAAGAAAGAUUGGAACCAUUCGGAUAACGUCCGUCGCUGCUCGAAGAAAGAUGCCUGGAAAGAUGUCGCGCAUGAAGAUCGAGGCCGCGAUGAAAGGCAAGCGAAUGCCCUUCGAUGACCAGGUUUUGGACUACCUGCUGAACGUGGCGAGUUCCUCCGCGUCCAAAGAGCUUGUGGAGCUGAUGGAGGAUUUCUGCCCGAACUGGCAGAAGCAUGAGCGCAUCGCUUUGGCGGCCCUCCUGGCGAGGGAAGCUGGCAGAGGUGACGGCCCCGACCACUCUUCCAGAUCAGCACCGUCGGUUCCAGCGCCCGAUGCAAGCGAUGCAGACAUGUUGGCACAAGACAUGGCCCUGGCACAAAUGCUGCAGGAAGAGGAAGAUGCAAAGUACACAAAUAAUCCUGGGCAAAGCGGGCAAAUGAGCUCCAAGAAAGGCAAGAGGGCCUUCAAGCCCUUGAAUAUCAACUACACGGUGGCCAGAGGCGGCAAUGCUCCUCCAGCACUGGGAACGGCGGCUCCUAGCAGCCUAGCAGAUGUGCUCAGACAGAAGCGCUCACAGCAGGUCCUUGACACUGGGCCUCCCAAUUUGCCAGCGCUGAAUGCUCCCAGCGAGCGGCCCACUCCAUGGACGCCGUCGGGCUUAACCUGGGCUGAGAAGCUUCAGCUUUCUCAGGAGCCUGUGCAGGAGGAAGGUGGUUGGCACCAUGUGCAACGCUCUGUGGUGUUGCAGGUGCGAGUACGCGCCAACAGGGCGGAACAUGUGGUGGAGGCCACCUCAGAAGAAACGGUGGGGGAUGUGAAGAAACGCUUGGAGAAGAUGCACGGCUUUGCCUUUAAUUUGCAACGGCUCCUCCAUCUUGGUCGAGAGCUCCAAGACGAUGAGGCCUUGCAGAGUUUGUCGGCCACCAACGGCCAGAUCGUCAUGCAGCUGGUCAUGCGGCAAUCGGCCCCACGCCCGGCCAACCUUCAGCUUCGCUUGCAGAUGCCCGGCGGCAGCCAGCCCAUGGCCACAGAGGUGCCAGAGAAGGUCACCGGAGACGGCUUGAAGGAGCAAAUCCAGAGGGAGCAUGGUAUCCGUAAGGACCACCUAAGCCUCAGCUUUUUCGGCCACCCUUUGCAAGAUCACCUGACCCUAGCACAGCAGGGCGUUGCCAACGGUGGUUGCAUCUCCGUGUCUUUGGCACCACCACCCGAGCGGCCCGAGCAGCGGUUCCCGGCACCGGAGCCGCCGGCAAGAGACACAGAUGAACGGACGCAGCUGAUCCAAAAGGUCUUUGCUGCAUUGAAUCGAAGCCACACUGGCCACCUCAAUGCAGAUGAAAUGCGGCCCUUUGCCAACCAAACCGGCUUUGAAGGCUCGGAUGCGGAGUGGCGAGGAGAAUUUGAUUCGCUUCGGCAUGAGUGUGGCUCUGGCCCAGGGAUUUCACUGCACCACUUUCAGCGAUUGGUCAAUGAUGACAGCGAUGCUGGUUGCUACUGUUUGGAUGACGAGCUCCGAACAUUGCUGCAGUCCGUGCAGAGAGCAUCGACGAGCACUUCGGCACCGCCGCCACCAAUGCCGCCACCGAAGCCUGGGAAUGGAAAGGCCGACGGCCUGACAAAGGGGCCAAAUCUGGAGCCAAAGAGAGCAGCACCGCAGCCGGAGCCUCGAAACCGAGGGCCGCCCGCAGCGCCCGCAGCCGCUGAUGGAAGGACUCGGCUAAUUGAAGAGGUGUUCACUGCUUUGAAUCGAAGUCGCACUGGCAACCUCAAUGCCGAUGAAAUGCGGCCCUUUGCCAACCAAACAGGCUUUCAGGGCUCAGAUGCAGAGUGGCAAACGGAGUUUGAUUUGCUCCGGAAAGAAUGUGGCUCCGGCUCAGGGAUUUCGUUGCACCACUUUCGGCACUUGGUCAAUGAUGACAGCGAUGCUGGGUGCUACUGUUCAGAUGGGGAGCUACGAACCGUGCUGCAGUCCAUGCAGAGAGCAUCGACAAGCCAGGCGCCACAAAGCCAAGUGCCUCGCAGAGGUCCUGACUACGGAGCCCCCAAUGGCGAUCAGGGCAUCGUUGAUCGCCAAGCUGCAGCCAAAGCGGCCAAGGCAAUCAACGAUGAACGGACUCAACUCAUCCAAGAGAUUUUCACUGCUUUGAAUCGAAGUCGAAGUGGCCACCUCAAUGCCGAUGAAAUGCGCCCCUUUGGCGACCAGACCGGUUUCGAGGGCACAGAUGCAGAGUGGCGACAAGAGUUUGAUUUGCUCCGGAAGGAAUGUGGCUCCGGCCCGGGGAUUUCACUGUUCCACUUUCAGCGCUUGGCCAAUGAUUCAAGCGACGAUGGUUGCUACUGCUCUGAUGAGGAACUUCGAAGACUGCUGCAGUCCCUCCAGGGAGGAUCGACUAGUGCCUCAAUGCCGCCAGAGCCACGAAACUGGGCACCUGCAGCAAAGGGCAAUGCCGAUGAAAGAGUUCAGCUCAUCGAGCAGGUGUUCAACACCUUGAACCGAAGUUGCACUGGCUACCUCAAUGCGAGUGAAAUGCGGCCUUUUGCCAACCGGACUGGUUUCGAUGGCACAGAUGCAGAGUGGCGGCAAGAAUUUGAAUUGCUCCAGAAAGAGUGUGGCUCUAACACAGGGAUUUCACUGCACCACUUUCAGCGCUUGGCAAAUGACUCCUCCGACGAUGGCUGUUAUUGUUCGGAUCAAGACCUUCGAGGAUUGCUUCAGUCCAUGUCGGGAGCAUCGACCAGCAACUCAGCGCCUGUGACUCUGAACAUCGUGGUAGGCUUGCAGGAGGCCAGCAGUCACAGGAGGCCAGCAGCAGAGGGCAUUUCCGAUGAAAGAGUUCAGCUCAUCAACCAGAUCUUUACUGCACUGAACCGAAGUUGCACUGGCUACCUCAAUGAGAGCGAAAUGCGGCCUUUUGCUAAUCGAACGGGUUUCGAAGGCACAGAUCCAGAAUGGCAAGCAGAAUUCCACUUGCUCCAGAAAGAGUGUGGUUCCGGCCCAGGGAUUUCAUUGUACCACUUUCAGCGUUUGGCCAAUGACACAUCUGAUGAUGGUUGCUAUUGUUCUGACGAAGAUCUCCGAGACUUCCUUCAGUCCACGUGUGGAAGGGCAACUAGCCAAGCAGCGCCUGUGGCACCGCCUGAGCCUCGCAGAGGGCCAGCUGACUACGCGGACUACUUUGGAACCCCGAAUGGUGCGGGCGCCGCUACGAAUCACGCUCCCUGGAAGGCACUGGGCACCCCUGAAAGGACUCAUCUCAUCGAGAUUGUUUUCACUGCCUUGAACAAAAGUGGCACUGGCUACCUCAAUGCGGAUGAAAUGCGGCUCUUUGCCAAUCAGACAGGUUUUGAGGGCACUGAUGCGGAGUGGCGAGAAGAAUUCUCCUUGCUGGCGCGAGAGUGUGGCUCCGUUGAGGGGAUCUCACUGAACCACUUUCAGCGUUUGGCGAACGACUCCUCGGACGAUGGUUGCUACUGUUCGGACGAGGAUUUCCGAACAUUGUGGGGAUACUUGGUGGGUAACUCAACGGCGGCACCACUUGCUUGCCCUGCACCUGGCAGCAAGAAGAACAAUGAACCUGAGAAAAGCUAUGGUGCGGCCACCAACUCUCGGAGCAGUCAUGGUCAUGGCGCAAGUGGCACCAACGACAGGACACAGCUUAUUCAACAAGUGUUCACUGCUUUGAACCGAAGUCGCACUGGCUACCUCAAUGCUGAUGAACUACGGCCCUUUGCCAACCAGACUGGUUUCGAGGGCACAGAUCCAGAAUGGCAAGCAGAAUUCCACUUGCUCCAGAAAGAGUGUGGUUCCGGCCCAGGGAUUUCAUUGUACCACUUUCGGCGUUUGGCCAACGACUCCUCCAACGAUGGUUGCUACUGCUCGGAUGAGGGGCUCAGAACAUUGCUGCAGUCCAUGUGGCAAGGGUCGGCUAGCUUCUCAGCGCCCAUGGCAACGCGGGAGCCUCGCCAGGAGCCAGCGGUCGCCCAGGCGAGCGGUGCAGAUGAAAGAACGCAGCUUAUUCAACAAGUGUUCACUGGGUUGAACCAAAGUCGCACUGGCUACCUCAAUGCGGAUGAGAUGCGGCCUUUUGCGAACCAGACUGGUUUUCAGGGCACAGAUGCAGAGUGGCGAACAGAAUUUAAUUUGCUCCGGCAAGAGUGUGGCUCUGGCCAGGGGGUCUCCAUGUACGACUUUCAGCGCUUGGCCAAUGAGACUUGGAAAGACGAACUGAGUGAGGAAGAAGGUGAGUGCUUUCCAAUGGUCCACUUUGACAAUGCAAGCCUUCUUCGGAAAGGGCUCGAUCAGCAGAGCUGUGGUGCACAAAGAGCAAUCAAUGUCAAAGUAUGGUAGCAUGGGAGCACUGCUGAAAAUGUUGCAUCAGAGGCACAGGAUGUGUUUCUGGUGUCCAGUCACCCCCGGCGCAGACACCACAAACGUUACCCUGACUUUCCUCGCCAUGAAGUUCAUUGAACAUUGAUAUGCAUCGAUGUACAUAGUUGAUUCUAUAUGUGAGAUUAAACAUGAUUAAACUACCCUUUGUU